AUGCAUUGGUUGUUUGCAUUCAUUAUUCUUUUAAUUAUUUGUUUAAUUCAUUUAUUUAUUUGUCCAUAUACAAAAGUUGAAGAAAGUUUCAAUCUACAAGCUAUUCACGAUCUUUUAAUUCAUCGAUUGAACAUAUCAAAUUAUGAUCAUUUAGAAUUUCCUGGAGUUGUACCUCGAACAUUUCUCGGACCGAUAUUUGUUGCAAUAUUAGCUUGGCCUUUUACAAACAUUUCAUUGAAUCAUCAUCUUCUUUAUUUACAAUAUAUUGUUCGAAUUAUUCUUGGUCUACUAGUCAUUUCCGGUUUAAUUCAUUUAUAUAAGUCAUUAAAAGGUUAUUGUGAUUUAUCAACAAGACGUUGGUGGCUUUUUGUGAUAGUGACACAAUUUCAUUUUUUAUUUUAUUCCACACGAACAUUACCAAAUAUAUUUGCAGUUGUUAUUGUUUUACAUUCAUUUGCAUUUUGGCUUUCCGGACAAGGGAAAUUACUCGUAUGGACAUCUGCGUUUGCAAUACUUAUUUUUCGAUCUGAACUUGUUAUUUUAUUGGGUUUAAUUUUAUUACAAGAAGUUUUCAUUAAAAAACAUUUAACUUUUACGAAAACAAUCAUUCAUGGAUUGAUUGCUAGUUGUUUAGCUAUUGGAUUGAGUACACUUGUUGAUAGUUGGUUUUGGCAACGUUGGUUAUGGCCUGAAGGUGAAGUGCUGUAUUUUAAUACAAUUCUUAAUAAAAGUUCACAUUGGGGUACAUUUCCAUUAUUAUGGUAUUUUUAUUCUGUUCUACCACGAGCACUUGGUGCAUCGCUUAUACUUUUACCAUUAGGUUUAAUUGUUAAUAAACAUCUUCGAUGGAUUAUAUUGCCAAAUGUAUUAUUUAUUAUAAUCUAUUCAAUUUUACCACAUAAAGAACUUCGAUUUAUUAUCUAUACAUUUCCAAUUUUAAAUAUAUCGAUUGCUCAAGGAUGUUCAUAUUUGUUCGUAUAA